GAAGAAGCUGUUACACAGUCAGGAUGCUUGGGUGCUCCAGUACAUCCAGCCACAUGGCAGGGGGUUUAAGAGUCUGUAAGAAGUGGAGGAGGGGGUCCUUCACAUUGCUGGAGGCUUCAGAUGCAGAGGUUAUGGUAAAUGUACUCUUAAGCAGGGUCUGAGAUCCCACCGAUGCUCUCUGCUGUCUCCACCGUCUGAUGCAAUUACCAAGUCAGACUGUAAUGCAGCUGCUCGGGAUGCCCUCUAUAGCAGGAUGGGUCGAGAGGUUCAACCUCCUCACUCUCACUCUCUUCGGUCUCUGCAGAGACUGCAGAUGCUACGGGGCUCUUUGUUUUGGGACGUGGCAUCAACGUUUCAGAAGAAGUCUUCUCCCAGUAAUGUGUGCUCAUAGGAAAUUUGUCACUGCAUGUCCUCCCAAGUACUAUUCAGUCGACUGAUCCCCUGAUCCUUAAUGUAGCACCAUCAUCAUCUCGAAUUUAAUGAAGGAACCUGUGUGUCUAGGAAAUUGUGAGCAUAUGCUGUGCAGGUCCUGUGCUGGUCCCCGCGCAGGAGAUGGCUGCGUGGUGUGUCACAGUCCUGCAUGGGUGAAGGACAUCCAAAUCAACAGGCAGCUGAGCAGCAUCAUACAGCUCUUCUCCAGUGUGGAGUCCCUGCUCAAUCCCAUAGAAGACUCCUCUGGUGCUGGGAUUCAGACACAACCUGAGAGCCCUGUCUUUAAACACAAGAAAAACUUCAAGAUCUGGUUCAGCCCCCGCAGCCGCAAGGUACGCUGCACGGUAGAUAAGCCUUCAGAAGUCACUGUACCGGACAGCAGGUCUUCUGGAGAAACAGCUGCAGCCCAGACAGACACCAUUACUGCUCAACGCCAGGACCUUUCAGUUUUCAAUUUCACCUCAUCCUCCCAAGACUCUGGCUCUUCUUCUUCCCAAAGAUGCAACUAUGAAAACAGAAAUAGGAAGAAGAGGUCAACUAAGAAAAAUGCUGCCAGCAGGAAGGCGUUGGUGCAGGGAGCAACGAGGAUCACAGGAAAGCAGAUCAAGCAGAAGCUGAAGAAGAAGAGGCUGGAGGCCAUAAAUCAGCAAUGGGGGAUCACCGAGGAGGUAAAUGCCUUAAAGGAAACGGAGCAGCCCUGUGCUGAAGGGGCAAGGAGGUCCAGUAAAAGGGUUUCCUUCCUAAGCCCUACUGUCAACCCUGAAGAGUGUCAGCCUGAAGUGACACAGGGGAGUACUAAUCAAUUCAGCCCUGGCAGGAACACAAUGAGGGAGAGUCUCUCAGGAAGCAGCACCGCUAAAAUGAAUUACCAAGCCUCAGCUGGUCAAAGCAUAUCGGACAGUGUCAUCCAGCAAAACUGGGUGUCUGCAAAUGACCUCGACCCAACUGUCGAUCCUGAAAAACAGGACAACGUUUCUCCCCCAAAGCAUUCCUCAAAAAGGACCAGAGUGGUGGAAAAAGUCAGCACCUUGGAGACCACACCAAAAAGGCCCAGGGCUUCCCCAGGCCGGAGGGGAAAAGCGCUGGGUCAGAUGUCGCCAGUCGUCCUUAACCCUCCAUUUUUGACUAGCCCCAGGUGUGAAAAGAGCACCAUAAAGUCCAGAGAAGAGCAAAGAGGCAGCCCUUCAGUGCUAGCCUCCGUCGGUAGACAAUCUCCCUGUACUCAUGGUUCACCUGGUGGACGGCCCAGCUCAGGGAGCCCUGCAGUUUUGAAGAGGAACCACAAGGGAGAGACCCUGCUGCAUCUAGCUGCUAUAAAAGGAGAUGUAGAGGCUGUCAAGGAACUGCUGGACCAGGGGGCUGACCCUAACCUGAAGGAUAAUGCUGGGUGGACACCUCUGCACGAAGCGUGUAACCUGGGUCACAAGGCAGUUGUGGAGGUGUUGGUCUCAAAGGGAGCCCUAUUAAACACACCUGGCUAUGAAAACGACUCUCCUCUCCAUGAUGCUGUGAGGAAUGGACAUCCAGCCAUUGUCAAACUGCUGCUGCAGCUUGGGGCCUCACGGAAUGUACUUAAUCUGUAUGGAAAGCGGCCUGCAGAUUAUGCAGCGAGUCUGGAAAUGCUGGAGAUUUUCCAGGAAGCCACAGAAGGAACCGAAUAUGCUAAUACAUCUUUUAGCCCCUCAGCCAGUCUCUCUGUGGUGACUGACUGUGUGAGGAGGAAUGAAAGGGUGGUUUUUCUGGCCAGCAAGCUGUCUCAGCCAGCACAGCUUCAACUGGCCAAACUGGGACAGCUACUGGGAGGGAGGAUGGCUGACACCUUUUCUGGCUUAGUGAGCCAUGUCGUGGUGCCGGAAGGACACAUGCCCACCACCUACUCCACCCUUCUGGGUCUUCUUGCUGGCUGCUGGGUUGUCAGAUACAGCUGGGUGGAGGCAUGUCUGCAGGCAGGCAAGUGGAUGCCCGAAACUGAGUACGAGGCGGGAGAAGGCCCCCAGCGCAGUCGCAUCAACAGAUGUCACUUGCUCCCACCACUCUUUGACGGCUGUUUCUUCUUCCUGCUGGGCUCUUUUAAGGCGCCUAACAAAGACGAGCUCACCAAGCUGCUCCGGGAGGGAGGAGGUCAGCUCCUGAGCCGGCAGCCCAAGCCUGAUAGCGAUGUGACACAAACACUGAGCGCUGCUGCCUACCACGCCCUGCCAGGCUCCGACCAGGCCCUUUGCACCCAGUACAUCAUCUUUGACCCCCACGGCCCUCACAAGCCGACACUGGUCAGACGAGGCAAGGUAUGGUCAGCUCCCUCUACCUGGAUUAUUGACUGUAUUGCAGCCUUCCGGCUCCUUCCUGUCCCGGACCCUCAAACUUUUGUCUAAACUUUUUACAUAUUAAAUGAUAAUUUUGUGCUGUCACUUAUCAUAUACCAUGGUCAUAAUGUUUGUUUUGUUUAGUUUUACCUUUUCUGACCACUAACAAUUAUGAAACCUGUGACAAGGCAUCUCGGUUACAAACACUAAAUCAUUAUAAGCGGUCACAAGCCAAAAAGGUUGGUAUAAAUCAAAAAUAUAACUAGCCAAAAGAAGCUAUUUGGAUUUAGAGACACAUGUACAGCUUGAUGCUGUUGAUCCAUGGUGGAGGUUUGUUCCCUUUAUUGCUGCUUAAAGAACACCACCUAUCAAGCAUCUCGGAAUCAUCCUAAUCAGAUGCCCCAAACCACUUUUACUGGCUCCUUUUAAUGUGAAGGAGCAGCACUCUACUCCAAUCUUCUCACCCUGUCUCUAAGGGUGAGCCCAGUCGUCCUGCGAAGGAAACUCAUGACCAUAGCUGAUAGUUAGAAAUUAGAUUGACUGGUUAAUUGCUCCCUCUUCACCACUAAACUCCAGUGCAACAGCCACCUCACUGCAUAGGCAGCAACAACCUGUCUGUCCGUUAUUAACACAACACUCUUUACUAUUGCACAAAUUUUCGAGUUGAUUCAGCAUUUUGUAUGUCUCAUCUGGGUGUCACCCUCAAAUUAAUUUGUUUUCCGCUGCAAUAUCUAAUGAGUGGUUUUAGAGUAGAAUUGCAUUCCAUAAUCUGCAUGGGUUCACAAGGUAGAGACAAUUAUCUAAUUAUCUAAUUGAAAAGGCCUGUUUGAUACAGAUGGAGGGAGUGUGUCCCUGAAAGAUCGAUGGGCAUUCAAUAUAAAGUGUAGAAUAGGAAAAACAAAGCAAUUAAUUGUUCCGUCACAGCUCUGGCACUUGCUCUGAAGAAAAAGCUAAACUUUUCUUUUGUGUCCAUUAGGUGUGUAUAUGUAUGUGUGUACAUUCCCCACCACCAACACUGGUUUGCAGGUAUGUGUGCUUUAAGAGGUCUUCUAUUGGCUAUCUCCCAAGAUGGGAUUCAAUGGGAUUAGUCAGGGAUGCACCUAAUUGCUAUUGAUUGCUAUGUGCUGCAUAAAAUUGCUUCCCUUUUCUUGUCCACGCCGGGAGGUGGGAGAAGGCAAUUAGCAGUGUGGAUGAGAUAGAAGCCCAAACUGACUUGUAAUGAAUAGAUUGGGGGAAUGAACCUGUGAGUAAUGCCCUUGAACUCACUGAGCAUUACAAAACCAUUAAGCCCUGGCAUCUUUUUAUUUUCUCUUAGAGAGGUGUGAGCCAGGAAAAUGCUGUACUUUCAUUUAUUCGGAAAUGUUCUGCUUAUAGUAAAGAUUACCUGGAGUUGUGCUAUGUCCCGGGUCAGCUGUAAAAUUUCAUAUUGUGUAUUAUUUGUUGUUUCUUGCAUGGUUUUAUUGCAUAGAGAAUGUGGCUGAAUUCAAGAAGAUUUGCUCAGCAGCGUCGUCUAAAUGUCAGUUGAAUUUCACCUCACAUGCUUCCCCCGUCAUACAUUCAGGUGCCAAGAAAUGCUGUGCUUUUUACAGUAAAGAAUUGCACAUUUUUCAGUAGUUGCUAAUUGUGUGUUUUCAUGCCAUCUUAAGUGAUCUUGUGUCCAGAAACAUCAACAUAAUCCUGAGUGAACAAAAAUGAUAAACAUAAAAAAAGAAAUCCACACUCA